AUGUCAAAGUUGUCAGGCCUGCAAACAGACCUCCACAUCUUCAGUCCCCCAUUAGUAACUGCCAUUCCGGAAACGGCAUUCCAGGGACUGACAAAGUAUUGGUGUUACUUCUUUGGCCGUUUUCUAUUGGCAUUGGUUAUCUUGGGUACAAACUUCCUUUUUAGAAGUUUAGCUUUCUUUAAUCGUAAUUCGAUUUCCAGAGGCAUUUCAACGUCCACGGUAGAGUCCGGGUCGGGUUCAAGAGUCCGGGUCGGAAUGUGGCUUAGAGAAGCAUCAGAAACAUCGACAAUUCGGGGCUUGACACAGUUCCUGAUUUCGAGUUCUACCGGAAUAUCCAUGUCGAGGUCCGUGUCUACCGGAAUGGUGCGGGUCGGACUGCUUGGUACUUUGAUUGUAGGCAUCGCUACCAUUUUGGUACUGACACAGUAUUGUAAUAUGAAUAUAGCUAGUAUUCGGGUUAUCGUCGGUUGGACAAUGGGUAGUGUUCUCAAACGAUAA